GUAAUUCCCUGGAUGAAGGAAACUUAGUGAUUCCCCGUGGACAAGAUGUUGGUUUCUUUUCAUCGAGAGCGUUCCUAUAUAAAUUCUUAUCCAACUUUGAAAAUCAUCACAAACUCAACUCAACUGCCGAAGCAGCAAUAACAUUUUGAUACUAAAGAAAAAUGAAGUGCACUUUGAUUUUGGCUCUUGUAGCCGCAUGUCUGACUGUAGCCCUCGCGGGUCUACCGAAAAGACAAGGACCACCGAGAUUAAUUAAUCGUCCACCACCACCAAAACCACACCGAUAUGCAAGGGAAGCUAAUCCCCAAAAUUCAAUUAGUGCCACGGUUCAAAAACCAAUGAGUGGUCCAGAACGCCGACCAACUUACAAUAUCGAUUACCAGCACAAAAUCUGGGAGGGCAAAAACGGACACGUUUCCGCUGGAGGUGGUGCUAACAAAUUCCCAGGACAAAGAUGGCAACCUCAAAUCGGAAUCCAAGGACAAUGGCGAUUCCGCAGAGAAGCUAAUCCUCAAAAUUCAAUCAGUGCAACGGUUCAAAAACCCAUGAGUGGUCCAGAACGUCGUCCAACUUACAAUAUCGAUUACCAGCACAAAAUCUGGGAGGGCAAAAAUGGACACAUUUCCGCCGGAGGUGGUGCUAACAAAUUCCCAGGACAGAGAUGGCAACCCCAGGUAGGAAUCCAAGGACAGUGGAGAUUUUAAUCAGAAAUCUAACUCAGUGAGAUGAGAGAGAUUCCAGUAUUAUAGACUGAGGUGUAUCAUGUAAAUUUGUAUUAAAUUUUUCUAAAUAAAUUCCCAAAGAGUCAGGAGAACUAAA